AUGUCAAUGUUAAAUCAAUCGUUGGCUGAGGAAGAGGAAGGUGAGUUCAUUUCACCUUUUGCCUCUACUAGCUCUGCUGUACAUACCUCUUCACUCUCUUAUCCAACUAGCAGUGCAGACGAUGUAAAUACAUCCACCAACAACAACAGUAGUAGUAGUAGUAGCAAUAAUAAUAGUAGUGCAACAACAACCACUGCAACCAAUAAUAAUAUUUUACAAUCAAGUACGGAUGAACAACCACCUGCACAACAACAACCAAAACCAAAGAAGAAAGUACAGAAGCCAGCUGCCGAAGGCACGACAACCACCACAACAACUACAACAUCUUCAGCCGAUCCAGCUGCAUCACCACCUGCCAUCAAGAGACCGGAAUGGGUACCAGAUAACUCAUCAACAAAAUGUGAAAUGUGUUCAAGUGAAUUCACAUUAUUUAAUAGAAGACAUCAUUGUAGAAGAUGUGGACAUUUAUUCUGUGGAGAGUGUUGUUCAUUGAAUGUUUCAUUACCACCAGAAUUUGGAUACACUACACGUGUUAAGGUUUGCUCUAAAUGCUUUGCCACUACACUCAAUGAUCGUGCCAGAGAGGAGUCAACUAUUACCAUCAACAUUGGUGGUGUUAGCAAAGAGACAAAGGCUGUAUCCGGUUUGAAUAAAGUAUUGCUCUGGAAGAUGGGUGCUCAUGAAGAUGGUGAUUUCGACAGAUCCGUAGUAGAUGUAUUUGAAACUCCAUCAACUGCUAUUCCAGUUUCAAGAGUUCAAGAUUUAAUGUUGGAAGCAGGUGAUCUUGAUGUUCAAGGAUGCACAGGUUUCAGAGUUAGAAUCUACAAUCCAUCAAUGGAACCAGGACAAAGAAAGACAAACUUCCCUAUUUUAAUGUGGUUCCACACUGGAGGAUUUUGCACAAAAUCAAUUGAAACACCAUCUGUUGAUGGACUCUGUAGACUACUUUCCAACCAAGCUGGAUGUGUAAUUAUUUCAGUAGAUUAUAGAUUGGCACCAGAGAAUCAAUUCCCAGCAGCAGCUUUGGAUUGUUAUGCAGCAACUUGUUGGGCAGUCAAAAAGUCAUCGUCAUUCGAUGGUGAUCCCACUCGUAUUGCAGUGGCCGGUGACAGUGUUGGUGGAAAUUUAGCAGCAGCAGUCACCUUGAUGGCACGUGAUAAACAAGCACCAAAACUAUGUGGUCAAGUACUGAUCUAUCCAAUUUUAGACUUGAAGCGUAACGAAGGAAAUUACUACUCUAGAGUCAUCCACAAAGAAGGAUAUUUGAUGCCAAUGAGUUAUUUCCAUUGGUUCAGUGCCAAGUACUGUCACAACGACGAUAUAGAUAAUAUUUAUGCCAGUCCAAUACGUGCUGCCUCAAGCUCAAAGAUUGGACUAGCCGACCUACCACCAGCCCACGUCAUCACCGCUGGACACGAUCCAUUCUGUGAUGAGGGUGAGCUAUAUGUAAAGAAAUUGAAAACUGCAGGUGUACAGGUCAACCAUACUCGUUACACAAACUCACCACACGGAUUCUUUGCUAUGGGUCUCGAUGAAUCAAAUGAGGCUGUCAUGGAAGUUUCAAUAGCUUUGAAAUAUAUGUUCCAAAGAAGAAGAUCCAAUUAA